AUGAAUGGUUAUACAGAUCAGCAACCUGAUCCUUCCUCCUAUCCACAAGAUCAAGAUCAAUAUCAAUAUCAGGAUCAGGAUCAGGACCAAUAUCAGUAUCAGCAACAACAGCCAUACUAUGAUGAAUACGGUAACCCUGUAUAUCCUGACCAACAACAACAACCUUAUUACGAUAAUCAAGACUAUUAUUCUCAACAACAACCUCCUUUGAAUCCUGACCAAAUGGAAAAUUUUUCCGACUUCUCUUCAUAUGGUCCUCCUCCUCCAGGUACUCCAGGUGCUAAUGGUGCUGCUUAUUACCAGGAUCCUCAGUAUACACCAUCGCAACUCUCGUACGGUGAUGGCAUGCAGAACGGGUUCCAAUCUUCUUCGGGAACAUCUACUCCUGCUAUGUAUGAUCCAGCUGCCAUUGCUAUGGCUCUACCAAACGAACCAUAUCCUGCUUGGACAGCUGAUUCUCAAGCUCCAGUCACUAUUGAACAAAUCGAAGAUAUCUUCAUCGAUUUGACUAAUAAAUUUGGGUUUCAAAGGGAUUCGAUGAGAAAUAUGUUUGAUCAUUUCAUGACUCUUCUAGAUUCAAGAGCUUCAAGAAUGUCUCCAGAUCAAGCUCUAUUAUCUUUACACGCCGAUUAUAUUGGUGGUGAUACAGCUAACUACAAGAAAUGGUAUUUUGCAGCUCAAUUAGAUAUGGAUGACGCCGUCGGUUUCAGAAAUAUGAAUAUAGGUAAAUUAUCAAGAAAGGCAAGAAAAUUGAAGAAAAAGAAUAAGAAGAAGAUGAAAGAAGCCAUGGAAAAUGGUGAAAAUACUGAAGAAACUUUAGAAAAAUUAGAAGGUGAUAUUUCUUUAGAAGCAGCAGAUUUUAGAUGGAAAGCCAAAAUGAACAAUUUAACUCCAUUCGAAAAAGUUCGCCAUAUUGCUCUUUAUCUAUUAGUCUGGGGUGAAGCCAAUCAAGUCAGAUUCACACCUGAAUGUUUAUGUUUCAUCUAUAAAUGUGCUCUAGACUAUCUGGAAUCCCCACUAUGCCAACAGCGUGCCGAACCAAUCCCAGAAGGUGAUUACUUAAACAGAGUAAUAACCCCAUUAUAUCGUUUCUUAAGAAAUCAAGUCUUCGAAAUUGUAGAUGGUCGUUACGUAAAACGUGAAUUAGAUCACGCUAAAGUUAUCGGUUAUGAUGAUGUCAACCAAUUAUUCUGGUAUCCCGAAGGUAUCUCCAAGAUCAUCUUCGAUGAUGAAAAUAAAUUAAUUGAUUUGCCGGUAGAAGAACGUUAUUUACGUCUAGGUGACGUUGUAUGGGAUGACGUCUUUUUCAAGACUUUCAAAGAAACCCGUUCAUGGUUACAUCUAGUUACUAACUUCAACCGUAUCUGGAUUAUGCAUAUUUCUGUCUAUUGGAUGUACGUUGCUUACAAUGCUCCAAGUUUGUACACUCACAACUAUCAACAAUUAGUGAACAAUCAACCUUUACCUGCUUAUAGAUGGGCUACUGCAGCUCUGGGUGGUUCUUGUGCUUCCUUUAUUCAACUUUUAGCUACAAUCUGUGAAUGGAUGGUCGUUCCAAGAAAAUGGGCCGGUGCUCAGCAUCUUUCAAGAAGAUUCUGGUUCCUUGUGGGUAUUUUUGCCGUCAAUUUUGCCCCAAUUAUUUUCAUUUUUGCUUACGAUAAAGAUGAUGUCUACUCGAGGGCAGCAUACGCUGUUGGUGUCAUUUUCUUCUUCGUUGCUGUUGCUACUUUGAUUUUCUUUUCUAUCAUGCCAUUAGGUGGUUUAUUUACUUCCUACAUGCAAAAAUCAUCAAGACGUUACGUUGCAUCUCAAACAUUCACAGCUUCUUUUGCCCCAUUAAAAGGCCUUGACAGAUGGAUGUCCUACUUAGUCUGGGUCACUGUGUUUGCUGCAAAAUAUGCUGAAUCCUACUUCUUUUUAAUUCUUUCAUUGAGAGACCCAAUUAGAAUCCUAUCCACAAUGACCAUGAGAUGUACUGGUGAGUAUUGGUGGGGUAAUAAGAUCUGUAAAUAUCAAGGUAAGAUUACCUUAGGUUUAAUGGUUGCCACAGAUUUCGUUCUUUUCUUCUUAGAUACCUAUCUAUGGUACAUCAUUGUCAAUGUUAUUUUCUCCGUUGGUAGAUCUUUUUACUUAGGUAUUUCCAUCUUAACCCCAUGGAGAAACAUCUUCACCAGAUUACCGAAGAGAAUUUACUCCAAAAUUUUAGCUACAACUGAUAUGGAAAUUAAAUAUAAACCAAAGGUCUUAAUAUCUCAAGUUUGGAAUGCUAUUGUAAUUUCCAUGUACAGAGAACAUUUAUUGGCCAUUGAUCACGUUCAAAAGUUAUUAUAUCAUCAAGUUCCUUCUGAAAUUGAAGGUAAGAGAACUUUAAGAGCACCAACUUUUUUCGCUUCUCAAGAUGACAAUAACUUCGAGACUGAAUUCUUCCCAAGAAAUUCCGAAGCCGAGCGUCGUAUCUCUUUCUUUGCACAAUCUUUAGCUACUCCAAUUCCCGAACCAUUACCUGUUGAUAACAUGCCAACAUUCACCGUUAUGACUCCUCAUUAUGCUGAAAGAAUAUUACUUUCCCUGAGAGAAAUUAUUCGUGAAGAUGAUCAAUUCUCAAGAGUUACUUUAUUAGAAUAUUUGAAACAACUGCAUCCUGUUGAAUGGGAGUGUUUUGUCAAAGAUACAAAGAUCUUAGCCGAAGAAACUGCCGCUUACGACAACAACGAUGAAAAUGAUCCAGAAAAGGAAGAUGAAUUGAAGGCGCAAAUCGAUGAUCUGCCAUUCUACUGUAUCGGUUUCAAAUCAGCAGCUCCUGAAUACACUUUACGUACGAGAAUCUGGGCUUCUCUAAGAUCCCAAACUUUGUACCGUACUGUUUCUGGUUUCAUGAAUUACUCUAGAGCAAUUAAACUGUUAUAUCGUGUUGAAAAUCCUGAAAUUGUUCAAAUGUUUGGUGGUAAUGCUGAAGGGCUUGAAAGAGAACUGGAAAAGAUGGCAAGAAGAAAGUUUAAGUUUUUGGUCUCUAUGCAAAGAUUGGCCAAGUUCAAGCCACAUGAAUUAGAAAAUGCUGAAUUCUUAUUAAGAGCUUAUCCUGAUUUACAAAUUGCUUAUUUGGAUGAAGAACCUCCACUAAAUGAAGGUGAAGAACCAAGAAUCUAUUCCGCUUUAAUCGAUGGUCACUGUGAAAUCCUAGAAAAUGGUCGUAGACGUCCAAAGUUUAGAGUUCAAUUAUCUGGUAACCCAAUUCUAGGUGAUGGUAAAUCUGAUAAUCAAAAUCAUGCCUUAAUUUUCUACAGGGGUGAGUAUCUUCAAUUAAUUGAUGCUAAUCAAGAUAACUAUUUAGAAGAAUGUUUGAAGAUUAGAUCUAUCUUAGCUGAAUUUGAAGAAUUAAAUGUCGAACAAACUAACCCAUAUGCCCCAGAAUUAAAAUACGAGGAACAAACUGCCAACCAUCCAGUCGCCAUUGUUGGUGCCAGAGAAUAUAUUUUCUCUGAAAACUCUGGUGUACUUGGUGAUGUUGCUGCAGGUAAGGAACAAACUUUUGGUACCUUAUUCGCUCGUACUUUGGCUCAAAUUGGUGGUAAAUUGCAUUAUGGUCAUCCGGAUUUCGUUAAUGCUGUCUUCAUGACAACAAGAGGUGGUGUUUCUAAGGCCCAAAAGGGUUUACAUUUGAACGAAGAUAUUUACGCCGGUAUGAACGCUUUGUUACGUGGUGGUCGUAUUAAACAUUCUGAAUAUUAUCAAUGUGGUAAAGGUAGAGAUUUAGGUUUCGGUACAAUUCUGAAUUUCACAACCAAGAUUGGUGCCGGUAUGGGUGAACAAAUGUUAUCUCGUGAAUAUUAUUAUCUAGGUACUCAAUUACCAAUUGAUCGUUUCUUAACUUUUUAUUAUGCCCAUCCUGGUUUCCAUUUGAAUAAUCUUUUCAUCCAAUUAUCUUUACAAUUGUUCAUGUUGACCUUGGUUAAUUUACACGCUUUAGCACAUGAAUCCAUCAUUUGUUUGUAUGACAGGAAUAAGCCUAUAACUGAUGUUUUGUAUCCAAUUGGUUGUUAUAAUUUGUCACCAGCUAUUGAUUGGGUCAGACGUUACACACUCUCCAUUUUCAUUGUCUUCUGGAUUGCUUUCAUCCCUAUGGUUAUUCAAGAAUUGAUUGAGCGUGGUGUAUGGAAAGCAACUCAAAGAUUCGCACGUCAUCUUUUGUCAUUAUCACCAAUGUUUGAAGUUUUCACAGGUCAAAUAUAUUCUGCUGCUUUGUUAAGCGAUUUAACAGUAGGUGGUGCCCGUUAUAUUUCAACUGGUCGUGGUUUUGCUACUUCACGUAUUCCAUUCUCCAUUCUAUAUUCAAGAUUCGCUGGCUCAGCAAUUUACAUGGGUGCGAGAUCUAUGUUAAUGUUGUUUUUCGGCACUGUCGCUCACUGGCAAGCCGCCUUAUUAUGGUUCUGGGCAUCCUUGGCUGCUUUAAUCUUCUCUCCGUUCCUUUUCAACCCACAUCAAUUCUCCAGAGAAGAUUUCUUCUUAGAUUACAGAGAUUUCAUCAGAUGGUUAUCAAGAGGUAAUAACAAGUAUCACAGAAAUUCAUGGAUUGGGUUCGUAAGAAUGUCCAGAUCACGUAUUACUGGUUUCAAGCGUAAAUUGACAGGUGAUGAUUCAGAGAAGGGUGCAGGUGAUGCUCCAAGAGCCAAGAGAUGGAAUAUAAUCCUCAGCGAUAUUAUUCCAUGUGCGAUUUAUGCUGCUGGUUGUUUCAUUGCUUUCACUUUCAUUAAUGCUCAAACCGGUGUCAAAACAACUGAUGACGAUAGAGUUAACUCUGUUUUACGUGUUAUCAUUUGUACUCUUGCUCCUAUUGCAGUUGAUGCCGGUGUAUUAUUAUUUACCUUGGGUAUGUCAUGUUGUUCAGGUCCAUUGUUCGGUAUGUGCUGUAAACAAACCGGUUCCGUUAUGGCUGGUAUAGCUCACGGUGUUGCCGUUAUUGUCCACAUUGUGUUCUUCAUUGUCAUGUGGGUUUUGGAGGGUUUCAACUUUUCUAGAAUGCUACUUGGUGUUAUCACUUGUAUGCAAAUUCAAAGAUUAAUUUUCCAUAUUAUGACAAUUACCAUGUUAACUCGUGAAUUCAAGAGUGAUCACGCAAACACUGCUUUCUGGACAGGUAAAUGGUAUGGUAAAGGUUUAGGUUACAUGGCCUGGACUCAACCUUCAAGAGAAUUCGUCGCCAAGAUUAUAGAAUUAUCAAACUUCGCGGCUGACUUUGUUUUGGGUCAUUUCAUCUUAAUUUGCCAUUUGCCAUUCAUUUUCUUACCUAAAUUUGACAAAUUCCACUCUAUUAUGUUAUUCUGGUUAAAACCAUCUCGUCAAAUCCGUCCACCUAUCUACUCACUAAAACAAGCACGUCUACGUAAGCGUAUGGUAAGAAAGUAUAGUUGUUUAUACUUCGCUGUACUAGUUCUUUUCGUCGUGUGUAUUGUUGCUCCUGCUGUAGCAUCUUCGUACGUGUCUGAUACCAUUGGUAGCUCUUUGACCGGUACUUUCCACAACUUAAUUCAACCAAGAAAUGUCAGCAAUAAUGAUACUGGUUACCAAAUGUCGACCUAUUCAGGCCAUUAUUAUACACACACACCAUCGUUGAAAACUUGGUCAACAAUUAAAUAA